AUGCUUAAUCCAUUUGCACAUGAAUUUAAACCGAUUCAAUCGGAUCCUUUACCUACCUUGCCUAAAAAAGCUGUACCAGACAAAAGAAAAGAAAAUAAAAGAAGAGAGCGAAAGAAAGAAGAUAAUAAUCAAGAAGCGAUAACAGUAGAAAAAACAAUUGAACAAUCAUCGUCUGCCCAAACCUCAUUCACAGCAAAGAACAGCUCACAGAAAUCGAAAGCUAAAAGUGAGAAUAUACAAAUAAAUGCUUCAAUUAAUGCCAAGCCAAAACCAGCCAAAAAAACAUUCCCAUCAAGACAAACAAAACCGAACCAUUCUUCUGGUCCUCACUCAUCUUUUACGGAUCCUCCUUUUCAAAAUUCAUCACGAAGACAUUCUAAAAAGAAUGAGGAGACAGCAAUCAAUUUGGCCCCCAUAGCAUCAGUUUUUGAUACGCCUUCAAAAUUCAUUACUAUCGAAACUGCGAUUCAUCCAGUUUUUCAAAUGCGACCCGAACAGAAUAUAGAAAGGAGUCAAAAGGGUCAUUUCUCGGGAACAACGAGUGGAUUGACUAAACUUGACCACGGCUAUGAGCGAUAUAUUGACUGGAUCGAACGGUCUCUGAAAACAUUCAACAUGAUUACUAUUGUGGGAAUGGAAAGCGCCGUUGUGGAUGUGGUAUCAAUGGUAGCUAUACUUCAACAGCGCAGUAUAGGCGAGCAUGAAGAGGUCGAGACCUUCUCAAUAAGAGAUGGAAAGCGUUGGACUUGUGGUAUUCAAGUUAGGUUACAUUGA